UCUACAAUAUAAAUCGCCAACAGACACGCAUAUGGAUUCACCCAUGUCUCUCCUUCUCUGACACGUCUCUCUGUAACUUCCAGAAGUAACACUGUAAUGAUUCCCAUUCUGCAGAGGCGGGGACCUCCGUUGAUCAGAAGCCAGCACGCCCCCAACUUCCCCGCUCAGUUCGGCGUCAGCGCGCAGCUCCGCCCAGCCUGGAAGUAACAUUCGCACCCGGCGCCAGGAUCGCGGAAACCCAGCAUUCCACACUGUACUGCUUCUGACCCAGGAACUCACUUCACAGCCAAAGAAGUGUGACAGUGGGCCCACAAUAAUGGAAUCAGCUGGUGUUACCGUGUUCCCGACCAUCCUGAAGCAGCUGGCCUGAUAAAAAGAUGGAAUGGCUUUUUCAAGACGCUCUUACAGCACAAGUUAGGUGGCAGUAGCCUGGCGUGGGGCAGCAUUCUCCAGAAGGUGGUAUAUGCUUUGAAUCAAAGUACCACAUGUGGUCUGUUUCUCCUAUAGCCAGAUCUAUGGGUCUACAAACCAAGGAGUGGAAAAGGGAAUAGUUCCUAUCACCCCUAGUGACCUUCUAAGAAAAAUUUUGCUCCCUGUUCCUGUGACCUUAAUUUCUGUUGGCUUAGAAGUUUUGGUUCCAGAACUGGGAGUGUUCCUGCCAGGAGUCCCAAUAAACAUUCCAUUGAACUAGAAACCCAGACAUUUCCCUGGCCUUUUUUGGGCUUCUGAUGCCCUUAAGUCAUCAGGCUAAGAAAGGAGUAACAGUGUUAGGAGGGGUGAUUGAUCCAGCUUACCAUGGAGAAACUGGAUCGCUUCUCCAAUGGAGGUAGGGAAAAUUUUUGCCUGGAGAGUAGGAAAUCAUUUAGGUCAUCUCUCGGUGCUGCCAUCUCUGGUGAUGAAAGUCAAUGGGAAAUUACACCAGCAUAAUCCAGGCAGGAUGACAAAGGGCAGAGACCCAUCCGGAGUGAAGAUGUGGCCCCUCCUCCAGGAAAAGAGCUGAAGCCUGCUGGGGUUCUUGACAAAGCUAGAGGAAGUACAGAAUGGGUAGCAGAGGAAGCAAGUCCAUUCCUUCACUGGCGUCAGAGCCUACUACUUCAGGAUCCAGCACAGAAUAAAGUCCAGCUGAGACAUCCAGCCUUGUGGACCAAGCAACUACUGGAUUCUUGGACUUCUGGUUGGACUUCCGGUUCACAGCCAGCCAUUUUUGGAUUAACUGCGCUGCAGGCUUCUAUUGAAGACAAUGAGGUAUAUUUGCCAAAUGAUGAAAUGUGGACCUACGAUAUUGAUAGUGGGCUGUGGAAAAUGCACCUAAUGGAAGGGGAGCUCCCCCCCUCCAUGUCGGGAAGCUGCGGGGCUUGCAUCCACGGAAGGCUCUAUGUCUUUGGAGGCUAUGACGACAAAGGAUACAGCAACCGGCUUUACUUUGUCAAUUUACGAACAAGAGAUGGAACUUACACCUGGGAAAAAAUCACCAAGUUUGAUGGACAACCACCCACACCACGUGAUAAACUUUCCUGCUGGGUAUAUAAAGACAGAUUAAUAUAUUUCGGUGGUUAUGGGUACAGGAGGCACAGUGAGCUUCAAGAAUGUUUUGAUGUUCAUGAUGCAUCAUGGGAAGAACAGAUAUUCUGGGGGUGGCACAAUGACGUCCAUGUGUUUGACACAAAGACGAGGACGUGGUCUCAACCAGAAAUUAAAGGUGGAGUUCCACCACAGCCACGAGCCGCGCACUCAUGUGCAGUUCUGGGAAAUAAGGGUUACGUCUUUGGCGGACGUGUUUUGCAAACCAGGAUGAAUGACCUACACUAUCUAAACCUAGACACCUGGGUCUGGUCUGGAAGGAUUUCUGUUAAUGGAGAAAGCCCCAAACACCGGUCAUGGCACACUUUAACAGCAAUAACUGAUGAUAAGCUUUUCCUAUUUGGUGGACUAAAUGCAGAUAAUAUUCCACUAAGUGAUGGCUGGAUUCAUAAUAUAACAACAAACUGUUGGAAACAACUUAGACAUUUACCGUACACCAGGCCCAGGUUAUGGCACACAGCCUGUCUGGGAAAAGAAAAUGAAAUAAUGGUAUUUGGUGGGAGCAAAGACAACUUACUUUUCUUGGAUACAGGUCACUGUAAUGAUUUAUUGAUCUUUCAAACACAGCCCUAUUCACUGCUCAGGUCAUGUCUUGACUGCAUUGGGAAAAAUGCUAUCAUUUUAAAAAGUCAAAUAUCUUUAUUACCUCCUAAACUUCUGCAGCAAGUCCUCAAAAAAAUAACAUUUUGGACUGCAGCUAAUUACCGAAAGGAGCAAAGAAUCCGAAAGGAAGAGACAGAAAAUAAUCAGCCGAGAGUCAGUAGCUGCUGAGCCCUCCAGGUCCAGUGUGGCUGCGUGCUUGCAUCAGACCACACGUCCCACCCUCCACUGCAGUGAAGGCUGGAUUUAAGGACACAGUGGGAAACACAUGUUUGGCUAAUGUGAUUACAUGGUACAGGAGAUAUGGAAAUAAGAUGUAGUUAACGAUGUAUCUGUGUGUUUGUUUACUGAUUUACUUGUAAUAGAAUGUGUUCGUCCUGGAAAUAAGUACAGUAGCAACAGAUCUUAACUUGGUGUGCACACUUUUCUUGAAAGAUUAUAUAAAUUUGAAAGACAGAAAUAGCUCUAAUAUCUUCAUAAAUCCUGUAAUACAACUGUGGACAUAGAUAUAAAACUAUUCCUAAUUAACUUCCACAUUAAGAUCACCUAAGUGUCUCCUUAAAUAGCACCAUCAGGACUUUUCGUCCCCAUUGUUGAGCAGGGAAGCGUGUUUAGUGGUUCUGGCUCCGUCCCGCUAUGACUGGGUGGAGGUUGGUUUUUCUACCAGCUUUGAAAUGUUGGGGUGUGGGUUAUUAGUAGCUUUUAAGACAUGAUAAGAUAUACUUUGCUUUGGGAAAAGUGUUUCUAAAAUAUUAUUUGUAAGUAAUGUGGGGUGGUAAUCCAGUAUUUUUGACUCUCUAACCUUCCCCACCCCACCUGAGCUGUGCUGCUCUACAGAUGUGAUGUCCACACGGUGACAACCUCCUGCUGCUCUUGGGGCCAGCCAUCCAGAAACAGGAGGUUAUACUGUUACAUUAGUCAAAACGGUCUUAGGCCAUUUUGAGACACCUUUCUUCAUAUUAUAUGCCUUCCUUCCAUUACAGCUAAUUACCUUCUUUCCAUUACAAUGAAUUACUAAAGGGUUCAGUCUAUGACAUUACCCCCUCACUGUUACCAUGGAAGUUAUUUCUGACCUUUACAAUUCUGGGAGAGUAUAUUUCUAUAAUGUAUAUAAUUUAUAGUGAAAACUGUACUUGAUUAAACUGUAGAUAUGUUUUAUACAUGCUGUAUUUUGGAUGUGUAAAGCUUCUAUUUAUGUGUUGGACUAGUUUGUGUUUACAAUCUAUUUAUUGAACACAGUAUAGAUUUAUUGCCUCACAGCUUUGUCAGUGUGCAUCAGUCAGAGUUCAUUUCAGUGUGGCGCUGGCAACGUGGCUCAGUGUGCAAAGUGCUGAGCGAGCCCAGUGGACCUGGCUCCAUCCUGGCACCAGCAUAGGCCAGGGGGAGAGAGCUAACGCCAUAAAGAUCACUCUCUGACCUUCACAUGUGCCCAAACAUAAGAUGCACACAAUACAAUAAUAUCAAAUAAAUAAAUAAAACUUAAACUUUUCAGUGUGAA